GAAGUUGACGGUAACGAUCUGCGCGAAGUGAACCCUACUCAUCUGCGUGCCCAUAUAGCUUUGGUGUCGCAAGAGCCGAUUCUUUUCGACAGAUCCAUCCGAGACAACAUCCUCUACGGUCUUCCACCAGGAUCCGUUAGCGAUGCCCAAGUACACGAAGUCGCUCAACGUGCUAACAUUCACAGCUUCAUCAUAGGACUGCCUGAUGGCUACAACACACGUGCAGGAGAAAAAGGAGCGCAACUAUCUGGUGGGCAGAAACAACGGAUCGCCAUCGCACGUGCACUUGUUCGGAAUCCAAAAAUCCUACUACUCGACGAAGCCACAAGUGCUCUCGAUACUGAAAGCGAGAAGGUGGUGCAAGAGGCGCUUGACAAGGCAUCAGAAGGUCGAACAUGUAUCGUUGUGGCACAUCGACUCUCGACUGUCGUCAACGCCAACUGUAUAAUGGUUGUCAAAGGAGGAAAAGUAGUUGAGAAAGGAACGCACAACGAACUAAUGCAAGCCAAGGGUGCAUAUUGGGCACUCACGCAGAAACAGGUUUUGGCCAAGGAAUAA